GCACAUGACGUUAUAACAGUAUAAUUUGAUGCGCACACGAUUCACGAGGAAUACAUUCGUUUGCGUAUUAUAACAACGUAUAACAAUAAUAUUAUACUUUGUUGCAAUAAACGAUUUUGUUGGAAACGUAACCGUCGCUGCAAAAAACUCGUCGAUGAUUCAUUCGCGUUUGCCUCGCCGGAUCGUUUUUAUUAUAGUUGCUGCUGGCUAGAUACGUCAAGAACUGAAGUGGACACUAAUAAUUAUUGUAAUAAUAAUAUCACCAUGUGCGAUUUUAAUUCGCUUAAAGUUUUACGGAAUUUUUUAAUACAACAAUAAUAAUAAUAAUAAUAAUAAUAAUACGAUUUGAAAAAAUCAGUCGGCGGCUGACUGUUGAGCACGCGUGUUACGUGUUACGUUUUUAAGACGACGAAUAAAUCGUAUAACGAUUAUAAAAUGUUAUUGUAAAAUAUGUCUUCGUAGUGCAAUGCAGUGAGAAGGUAUUAUGUGAACGUUCACGUUUCAAUCUAUCUAUCGUAUCAAAACGAAAAUACCGAUUAAAUGAAGUGCUGGCGCUAUUCUGGAUUGGACACGGUGUUUUUAUUUAUAAAAAUACAAAAAACAUUUAUCACAGACAGUAUCUUAUCUUAGAACCUUGGAAUACGUUUAUACUGCGUGAUUAACCACUCAACAUAAUAAAACAUAAUAUUUGUAUCAUCGCAUUUUCACACCUUCAGUACAUAUUAUUUUAAUGUACAGUUAAUAUCUUCAAACAACGUCGGUGUUACAAAUGUGAAAUAAUUCGAAUUAUAUUUCAUGUAUAAGUCUGAAAAUUGUUUAUGCUAGAAAUAUCGUUAUGUUGAUCGCUAUCACUUGUAAACAUAUUUAAGUGCACUAAGACUAGACGAAAUUGCAUUACAACAAAUACAUCAGACAUCGCGACCAGAUGAAUCAAUUCGACAACAUUAUAAAGAGCCAAUUCACAUUUUGUUCUUAAAAUGGAAAUAAUAACGAAAAAUCACGUAACCGCUAUCACUGGAUCGUCGAAUAUGAAUUUAAUACUUGGCAUAUGUCUGAUGGGCAUUGUUUCGCUGACAGCGGCACAAACCAGAGUCAAAUGUUUUGACAACAAUAACGGCAAGGAUAAAAUGGGCAUAAUAUUGGACUGUUCCAAUAUGAUUGGCAAAAGUCAUCUAUACAGUAUUGAAGAGUGGAUUCGAUACCAUGCGUUUUUCGAUGACGGAAUUCUUGCUAAUCGCGUAUUGAAUAUUAAUCUGGAAAACAAUAAUUUACAAAAAAUAUUUACACUCCCGUUAAUGACAUCGUUGAAGAAGUUGUCGUUUAAAUACAACAACAUAUCGUUAAUUGAAAAUAAAGCAUUGACGAAUUUACCAGCACUCGAAGAACUGGAUCUAAGUUACAAUUCGUUGAACAGUCAUGAAUUACGUCCAUCUGUUUUUCGUCGUUAUCAACUCCCAAACAUACCAGUUACGAACGAUCCAGCGUUAAGAAUCCUUAAAUUAGGAUACAAUAAUAUACAUUCUUUGCCACCAAAUUUUUUUCAGUAUUUAACGAAAUUAGAAAAUCUUGAAUUGAAUAAUAAUCCUUUAUUGGUGAUUGAUCAAAACACAGAAAUCUCCUUAGGGUAUUUAAAAAAUCUUCAGGUAUUGGAUUUAAGCAACACAGGUAUAUCAGACUUCCCACCUGGUAUGUUUUCCCAAUUGUUUAAUGUCCAAACGUUAUAUCUUAACGGCAAUAAGUUCCAAAAUAUACCAAUGGAAAUUCGUACCAAUCGUAACAUGUCUCUAGCAUAUCUGAAUAUGAACGCUAAUCCUAUUAGUAAUUUGGACAGUGAGUCAUUUGUCGGUCUGGACCAACUUCAAGAACUCGUUAUCAGUGGUAUGCCUAAUUUGACCGAUAUCGGGUACAGCACAUUUGCGCCACUAAAGAAGCUCGUAAUAUUACACAUGUCAUACAAUCCCAGUUUGUCAAACAUCCAUUAUGACGCUUUCGUAGACAAUACCGGUCAACAACAGUCACUAAGACAACUAUCAAUAAGUUAUACGAACAUUAACAGUUUAGAUUCAAGACUCUAUCCUUGGUCAAUGCUUGACUUAUUUGACGCUAAAGGUAAUCAAUGGACGUGUGACUGUAGAUUGUCCUGGCUUGCAGAUUAUAUCAAUAAAACAUUUGCAGAAAUACCAGAAAACCUAUUAUAUUAUCGAUGUAACGAGCCCAAAAACCUGUAUACCACACUAGUAUCUCAAUUAAAUGAACACAUCGAUUGCGACGAUUAUAACUAUGAUUCUAAUCAUCAUAGUCACGGUCACGUCACACGACUUCGACAUUUAGUCAUCGUCAUCGGAUUAGUAAUUGGCAUUCUCGUGUUUGGCUCAUUAAUAAACAUGGGUUGUAGGGAAAUAAAGAAGGUGUUAAAACCUAGGAUAUAUGUUCCGACUGGAUUUAGCACCGGUGUAAAAUACAAGCCUGCAGAUUUUGAAGAAAAUAUAGACACAUUAGAAGUGCCUGUCAAAAACACAAUGAUCCAUGGACGAUCGCCAAUAGUUAUAAACAAUACAGACUGAAAUUUUAAAUUUUAAACAUUUUGGUUAAAAACAAAUUUGAGCCAAAUAAUGUGAAAUAUUAAGCAAUAUUAUUUUGUUGUAAGACGACGUGUCUAGGUAUACUUACUAUACCUAUGUAUGUAUGUAUGUAUGAAUAAUUGUUGUUGAUUACAAUAAUAAAUGUUAUUUUUACUUA